AUGGGAAUUUGUUUCAUCAGAAAGGAGUAAAAUAAAAACAAUUCUAACAAUUUCGAUUCCAUUACUUAACCUAUUUAAGUCAUCUCUGAGUAGGAGAAAUAUGCUAAUGAUUUUUUAGAAUCUUUAGAAGAAUUAAACAAUUUAUUUUAAAAUUUAGCAUAAGACUUCCAUAAAUAAUAAUAAUCAGAGUGA